UGAUGUUGAAAUGAAACGAUGUAAGUAUAUAUGAAGAGAAAGACUGACAGAGACAGAAAAUGGCUGAUAAAUGUGAUAAAUGUCUGCUGGGACUGAUAAUUCUCUGCCCACUUCUUACAGGUAUCAAUGGAGUGGAAGAGACUCGUGUGUUCUGCAGUUUUGGUGAAGAUGUCAUUCUGCCCUGUAAUAAUGCUCUUUCUGACUGCAACUCAACUACAUGGAACUAUAGUAGAAAUAGAAAUUCAGCUGCAGUUGAACUGUUUGCUGGAGGGAUGAAGAAGUAUGACAUAGAGAGACAUGAGAGACUGAGUCUGGGGUCUAACUGCUCUCUGAACAUCGAUAAAGCAACAGAAGAAGAUCAUGGUCAUUACACCUGUCUGCAGUAUGUGAAUAAACAAAAACACGGAAAUGAUGCCAGUGUUUUACUGCAUGUCCUACAUAUCUUUCCAUCAUCCACACAGAAUGAGAUCAGACCAGGCAACUCUGUGACUCUCUCCUGUCAGUUGUAUUCACAUGAUGGAGUCUCUUGUGAUAUUUUGGACCAUACUGAAGGAAUCCAGCUGUUCUGGGUGAAUCAGGCUGGUGUUAAUCUGCAGACAGACUCCAGAUAUCUGAUAUCAUCAUCAGGACACUGUAACAUCACUCUGACUACAACACUCCUGAAUGAAGACAACAACAUAGAGUGGAGAUGUCAGGUUAAUGAGAGAAAUGAAGUUAAGACCUCAGCCAGCUACACUGUCAAGUAUUUGGUUAUUGGAGUGGCUCUCUGUGAAAAGGUUCAUUGGGUGGGAAAGGAGGAAAGGGGAAACUUGGGAUUUCAACUCAAAGUGAUUGUGAUUGUUGUUGUGAUUGCUGCAUUAGCUGUUCUCCUUUCUGCUCUUCUUUGGGUGAUUUGUAAAAAAAAAAAAGAGCAGAUGAACAAACAGAGCAGAUAUACAGAUGCUGACGGACUACAAAUGACUCAAGAUGCAGUUCUUUCUGAUGAUAAAGUAACUAAUGCUUCCAUCAGAGGAGCAAAAGCUGGACCCCAGGAGGACUGCAGUGAACUUUAUGCCUCGGUGAACAAGACUACUCGCAAAUAAAUCAAACAAACAAACAGUCAUUAAUUACACAAAGCAACACUGAAUGACCCUAAAAUACCAUGAGCAGAGGAAUAUGAACCCAGUAAAACCUAUUCCAAACAGUUUAAUUCAAUUGCAUAUACUGUAUUUCAAAUGUUAAUGUGAGAUUUCGGUUGAUGCCUGGGGAGUUUUGGUAUGUUUUUUCAGGAUGUUUAUGUCUUUUCAAUGAUUAUGUAAUAUUAGUGUCUUCAUUAUGAAUACCAAAUUAACCUAUUUCCUUGUGUCUACAAAAAUAUUAUGAUUAUUAUAAUGACUUACAGACAUUUACAGGACAUUUUUUGAUUAUCUAGCAACGUUUGAUCUUGAAUCUAAUUAUUGCUAUCAUUUAAUAUUUCUACUCGUAUUAAAUACAAAUUCACUUUUCUAACUUCUGUCUGCUCUAAUGAGAGGGCACUAGCUUGCCAAUUUCACCUGACAGACUAAUACAAAAGCAACCCCCUGCUUGUUUUAUGUAUCUACAUGCACUUUAGCCCAUGUAAUGUAGAGCCCAAUCUGUGAGUACUAACCACACCCCUGGAAGAGCACAGGAGCCUCUGGACUUCCAUCAUUGUUUCAGGAUCACAUACGAAUCAAAAGCGUCCCCUCUUGCAAACCUAAACAAAAUGGAGCAACCUGUUCUUUUGUCACUACCCUCAACAAAGUGUUAUGGAGGGCCCAUUCGUCCAUCCUCCAGCCCAGGAGCCCAUUAACAUCCACUGUUUUUAACAUCACCCUUGACAAAGAUGUAAAUCCUACAAAGGUCUGAGUCACUGCACAACAGUCACAUGAAAGGUACAUGUUUAUAACAGAAUCAAGAUCAUUUAAUUGAUAGAGUUUACUGAUGGCAGAAUGUUCUCCAGAAUUUUAAAGGCAGAAGUCAGCAAUUCAGCAUAACAGGUUGCCAGUAAAUUCAAGGAUCUAACUAGUAGUGGCUCAUGACCAAAGAUAUAGGUAGGGCAGAUCUUGCUUUUUUUUUUUUUUUUUUUUACAUUAUUCAACUUAUUUAACCACAAACGCGCUGACACAAUAUGAGGUGUCCUUGCAUUAUUCCACCACAAGGAGGCUCCCUUAGAACAUAAUAUUGAUUCUAAUAUUCUAAAUAAGAAUGCUUUAUCUUAAAAUGUUGACUUGUAGAUCAAAAUCUAAAUCAAAUGUUAUUUUAUUUUAUAAUGUUAAGUGUUGUUGAAAAACCCCAGGGAGGAGAGAGAGAAACAGAAAUAUCUACAUGCCAUUUACACAUUUCCACACUACUAAAAAACGAAAUGCUUUAUAAUUAUAACUUUUUAAAUCACAGUAAAAAAAAAAAAAACUGAUUGAUUGUCAGAACAAAGUUGUUUGAUGGCCAGUUUGAAGGGACUGAAGAGAAAGGAAACACUAUUGUUGUGUUAAAUAAACUAUCGUUUAUCGAUAGUGCUCGCCAUGUUCAAAAUAUGUCACACUGCUGGCGCGCACUAAUACUAAAGUAACCUUUGCUUUGGCACUACGUUUAUGGGCAGAUUAAUUUCUGCACCAAUGGGUUUCAAAAAUGGGUCUCGUUGCAUUACCAUAUUUGACCACAUAUUUCCAUUGGAAAAACUGAGGGGCGCUGUGGAGUUCAGUAGGGCAGCAGACUCUCUGCCCACAUACUUGUAUUUCUAUAUCAAACACUGUGUAACGGAGCUUUCAGCUACUUUACGACUUAAAAAUAUGGUAAAAGCUUAUACUUGGCCUGCUUUUAAAUACACAUGUCAGCAUUUUGAACACAUUUACGUGCACACAAAUUACAUUAUUUACAGUUUAUAGUAUGGAUCUAUGUUUUUAAGUUGAUGAAGUUGAUUUUAGUCUGCUCAUACAGAUGAGCCGCAGCUGGAUCUAACACCUUUUUAUUUUAUUGUGUACUUUAUUUAAUUCUCUUAUCUAAUUCUUACUGUAUGCACUUACGGUAUAUGCAUGUGUGUGUAUCUCGUGGUUUCUAAAUGUUGAGUUGUGUAUGGAUGCACGUGAAAUGAUGAACUUCAGAUUAACAAAACUGAUUGUUUGAAUGUUAAUGCAAAUAAGCACCUGGUUUGAACUUUAUUUGAAAAGGUUAUUUUAUUAAGACAUCUAUAAAAAUAGACAACAGGCAAUGACAAUGACUAAAACAGGCAGAGUCUAAAACAUAGACGGACAGACCCGAUUAAUAACAGAUACCAAAUAUUAAUGAAGAAAAUUAUGUUCCAUGAAUUAUUUACAUUUUUAAUGAAACAUGAAUAGAUGAAAUAGCUGAGGAUAGAAGAUGCCCAAAACUAUAUUUAUAAAAAUACAAUAAAAGUUUAGUUCAGUGUACCAAAAAAUGUUAAAGCUCAUUCAAUAAGCAUAGUCAGCACAGCAACAUUACCAUUUAUGACUUAUAUUCUUGUGUAUAUUACAGUAUAGGGCUACUUAUGUGGCUUUGUUACUUUCCACCCCUACAUACAUAUCAAGGAUGAAUCUUUAUCCAAACACCAGUUUUAAAGGUACAGUCUGCAGCUUCUGAAACAGCACCAUGGAGACUUCAAGAGUUAUCUUAACUUUAUGGCAAAAAAAUAAAAAUAACUUUGCGUUUAAAAGUGCAUGUACAACAUUUACACAGAGGCAACAUACAUCCUCAUUACCUUGUAGCUCCUAAAGGUGGCUGUUGUACCACCAACAAUCGUCCAGUUGCAGCAAUUACAUACAGUAACAGUCAUCACUUUCUCUGCAAGUCCCCCAUGUGUUUACAUAGUUAAUGUGAUUACUUUUAUAAAAUUACUUUUCUAACUUUCUUAAUGAAAGUGGUCAAGAAACAAGUUUUUUUUUUUUUUAUGUCUUAAGUCUAUCAACUUAUUGAGGAAUAAAGGGUUAAUGAGAGUCACUGACAGAUUCAAAAGUGCUGCUACUGUAAAACAGCUGCUGGAUUUGUUUUUGGUACUGCAGUUGAACUUUCAAUUACUCUUUGUAAACACAGAAAAUUAUUCAUAACAUUUCUGUCACUCUUACUGAUAUAAAUGUAUAUCCUUUCUGUACUGUUGCCUUUCUGAUCGUUUUGCUCUUUGUCCAUACUUUCCAGGCACUGUUGUUAUAAUUCUGUCAAGUCCAGACACAUCAAGUCCUUUCAAAUAGCACAUUAGGAGUAUACUACAAUACAGUCCAUCUAUGUACAAAACUAAUUUAUUAUGAUUUCCAAAAGUCCAGUUGAACCCAGAACAUACUGCUACCACAAGUUCUGAUCAGGAAGUUCUGCUUCGUUCAAGUCAUUUCACAUAAUGCCAGGCCAAUUACAAAACUUUCUGCAGAAUAACUACACAAUAAAUCACAUUUACAGUAAAUGAAAGGAGGAGUGACAGAGAUAAUUUGUGUGAUGUCGGACAGGGAUAAAGCCACAAAUGUAAAUCCUACAUCACAUUAUCGCACAGAAGUAUAGUACUUUGUCAAAUCUGACAACAUACACUUGAAGCCCUUUUCUGUUUUAUCAUGAUCUUCACAGAAAAGUUCAUCCACACUUCAGAUGGGUCUUCAGAAGGUACACUGCCUUCAAUUUCUCAGAUUGGCUGCAUUAACUGAAUGGGCUCUAUUUUCAUGACCACACAAGGCGCAGCGCAAUGCUCAAUGAACUUGCGCAACGCCGUAUCUGAUUUUCGUGAGAGCGCUAAUCCCAAUUUUUGUGCCAGCGCAAGUGGGUGUUGGUGGGAGUGUUUGCGCUGUCUGUGGGUUUAUGCCCACAAACUGUGGGAGUAUUGUAUGCUGAUGAAGUGGUACAAAGCACAAUUUGCUAUUUACCUGAGAAAUAGGUCAUUGCAUUAAGACGUUUCAAAAGCACGUCUCAGACGUAUAACUCAGUUCCUGCAUUUGCAGUUUGGAGAUUCCACCAGCAGGUGGUAAUAAUAAUGUCCAAACUCUGAAAAUAUAGUGGAAUAUCAAAUUAUGUCCCUUAUAAUCAGUUGUAGCCAUUUUAUGAAACAAAAAGUUAAGAGAUUUGUUAAAUGUUCUAUAGUUCAUGGUUUAUUUUUCAAUUAUUAUUCUUAUUUUGUUUUAAUUUAAAAUUGUAUUUAUGAUCUAAUCUGUAUUGGUAUUUUUCACCAUAGAGUGAUUUUUAGAGGCCGGUGGAAGUUGGGGAGGGUAAAUGUUUGGAUUUUACAGCAGGUGGUUAAACAUUUUUUUGACCACUUCAUGGUUUUAAUUAUAUUUUCAUUAAGUUUUAAACGUAAUUUGAAUUUAGAAAUAUUAUAAGUUUUUCGUGUUUCAAUAAAUGAAUAGAAUUUCUAAAGCAAAAUCGACAGGUAGAAGUGAAGUGCGUGCCAAAAAAAAAAAAAAAAAAAAAAAAAAAACUCAAUCCACAAUCUAAUCUAAGCUGAUACAAUCAGUUAAUACUACCCAUGAUUUGUGUGUCAGUUGAUCAAUUUGAUUAAUAACACUAACAUUUUCUAUAAUUUAAUGGAGCCAACAUUCAAGUCCUGACGAAACAGCAUGUCACUGUCAUAGAAGACUUACAUUCAACAAGGAUGCAGUUAAAUGCACAAAAGAAUGCAAGUCCAUAUUUCUAUUCUUCUAAUUCACUGCAUACAGCCCAUUUACACUA